AUGGGCGAGAUCACCGCACGCGCUUGUGGCGGACUGGAAAGUCUGCUGCGUCGUGUGGUUUCCAAGGCACUUGCAGAGUCUCUCAGAGAUGAUGACGAUGGUGGUGGUGGUGGUGGUGAUGAUGGUGGUGGUGGUGGUGGUGGUGGUGGCGGCGGCGGCGGCGGCGGCGGCGGCGGCGGUGGCAAUGAUGACGAUGACGACGAUAAUCAUGAUGAUGAUGUCUGA